AUAGAAAAGUAUGGCCUAGCAACGCAACAGCGCAAUGUUGCAGGAGACGUGGGUACUUUUGCCGAAGGAAUCCAAGGGCGUAGUGCCAAGACUUAUGACAAGUCCGUGUGAAACCCCGCGAUUAUCAGAACAACACAACACACUUCGUACUCUACAGUCUCUGAGCCAACAGCAGCCAUUAUUUCCUUCUUUACCUUCUUCCCAUCUGUACAAGACCCUCAAAAAUGGCCACCGACGUCGCGAGUAAAGACAUUGCGAGCACCGAGGAGCACGAACGGGCCGCUUAUCUCCUGGAUGCACAGACCAAGGCCCUCCGGCUCUUCGAGGAAAUUGAACGAGAUCUGAUUCGCCCCGGCAUCACCGAAAAAACCCUGAGCAACGAGAUUCAUGAUCUUGGCAACAAACGCCACGGCGUCCGUACGCACUGGCACAAACGGGUUGUCAGAAGCGGGCCCAACACCUUGAAGCCCUAUGCCGAAAACCCUCCGGACCGCAUCAUCCAGCCCGAUGACAUCCUCUUUGUCGAUCUAGGCCCGGUAUUCGAGGCGUGGGAAGCCGACUUUGGGCGCACGUUCGUACUCGGAGACGACCCCACCAAGAAGAAACUGCGCGACUCGCUUGAGCCUGUAUGGGAUGCGGUCAAGGCCCGCUUCCUGGAUGACCCGGAUAUGACGGGCGAUCAGCUGUAUGGUAUCGCCUGCGAUUUGGCCAAGGAAGCUGGGUGGGAGUUCGGCGGCCAGAUUGCUGGACAUCUAGUUGGCUUAUUCCCUCAUGAACGUAUUCCGAACGACAAGAUCACGCUAUACAUCACCAAGGGAAAUCAGGAACGGAUGAGCCGUGUCGAUGGUAAUGGGAAGAAGCGGCACUGGAUUCUGGAGAUCCAUCUUGUGGACCGCGAGCGCGAGAUAGGCGCGUUUUACGAGCAACUCCUCACAGUGGACUAAUGUUGACAUGCUAAAAUGGUUCUCGCGGGUAGUUGACUGUAAAAAGAGAACACUAGGCCGGCGCCAGUUAUACCAAAUCCGCGUAUCAACCUGGUCUGUGACUACUGCAAAUCCUUACAUUAGGAUUGAUCCUUUCAUUCUUAGCCAGUCAAAGCCACUCCAACCCGGUUCUAACCAGACGCUUCUUUAACCAUGCCGAGUAUAG